UCUGUUGAUAGAGCACCGUUGAGUGGAAGUUAGUGAUUGUCUCCCUUGAAACUUUGACAACAUGGCAGACCUCGGCAAGGAUUUAAAAGAAUAUCUUUCUCGAUCUUCCAGCAGUAUUAUGAUGAGUUCAUCUUUUGAUAAAAACGAAGAAAAUGUAAACACAAGUGAAUCGAGUUCCCUUAAAAAUGGCUUCAAAUACUUAUUUAGUCGAUCAGCUCCUGGAGAGCGUAAUGCCGAGGCUACCGAUGCCAACAGUUGGUUCACCAAAGCGCAGUCGGACCCCUUGCUGCCGUCGCUCACCAAAAAACAGAGGAUUCUUGGCUUUGUUACGUUUCUUCUGAUGGGUACUCUUUUCUUCUCUCUCUCAUUCCUCUACAUUCCCUUGAUUGUUCUGAGGGCCAGAAAAUUCUCCCUGUUAUUUACAUUAGGGAGUAUCUUUUUCUUAAUGAGCUUCUCACUCCUUUGGGGACCUGUAAAUCAUCUUCGCCACUUAUUUUCCGCUGGUCGGCUCCCAUUUACAUGCAUGUAUUUCACAACAUUGUUCGGAACUCUUUACUUCGCGGUCUGGUUAAAAUAUACCAUGUUAACGGUGAUUUUUGCUACAGGUCAGGUUAUUACUCUGGUUUGGUUCGUUGUCAGUUACAUUCCCGGUGGACAAUCUGGACUGAAAUUUUUCUCCAAACUGUUUUAUGCAGCAGCUUCAAAGACAGCCGAGAAAACACUACCUGUAUGAAAAGAGCGGAACAACACUGACAGAAUUUCUCCAAUACAGUAUUUAAACAAUUUCCGAGGCUGAUAAUUCCAAUAUUUGUCACAUCUGUACAAGAUUCUAUUCUAUUUCAUGUUUUCGGUGCGUUAAUUCAGUGUUUUCUACCUGAACAAGGAAUAAUUUUAAGGUGUGGAUUUUGUUUUAUCAAGUACCAUAAAUGUGGCUCAUUGUUAUGUUUAAUUAUAUAAACAUUUAAUUCUGCUGAUAAAUAUUCAUUACAAUAAUAUUAUUUAAUGUUUACAUUGUGUUGAGGUUGAUGAAAUAAUUAAUUUCUGCUGUCUGAAGUACUAUAUUUUUUGUUGUAAAAACUUCAUAUUUCUACAAUAAAAUAACAGUAGUUUAGAGGAGUUAAAUUCAUAUUGAACCAACGAGUGAAAAUCACCCCCCAGAAUCUAGCUAGUUUAGCCGAAAUCUAUAUAUAUUACCAUCACUAGUUUCCUCUGUUUCAUUUGUGUCAUUAAUCUUAAGGCUUACGCAAUGUUUUAAGCUUACUACCACGAACUAAAGGAGCAGGACACCAGUAUUUAUACACAUACACACUUGUCAUUAGGGAGGUCAGUUAAGAACCAACGGAACCCACUGGCUUCCUAAAAGCUAUUUCCACCGUCAUUGAAUUGUUUUCUAUAGUUUGUGUUCACUAAACAUUAAUCAGUGUCCAUGACAUUUCCUCCCACCAGGUCCACUGCAUUUCCAUAUCAAAGUCCACCUCAUUAAGAUUGUUGUCGGCUUUAUAACUAAACAAACUGUUAGGGAUGGGUGAAUUUCUACUAGAUUUCAAUUAGUUUUCUCUCGUUGGUUCCUUGUGAAUGAAAUACUUCUCAAACUACGAUUCGGUGACACCAAA